AUGGAGGCUGUUGCGUCGAGGAGAAUUGCUGUUGCAAUGUCAGGUGGUGUUGACUCGACAGUGGCAGCAUAUUUGUUAAAAGAGAGAGGUUACAAUGUGACUGGCAUUUUUAUGCAAAACUGGGACGAGAUGGAGGAGCGAGGUGUCUGCACUGUUGAUGGCGAUUACCGUAAAGUCCAAGACGUGUGUCACCAUCUGCAGAUCCCAUGCAGACGAGUUAAUUUUAUUAAAGAAUAUUGGAACGAAGUCUUCAGUUCAUUCCUUCACGACUAUAAAACGUUGUUAACACCAAACCCCGACAUUCUCUGCAAUCGUAAGAUUAAAUUCGACAUUCUUCGUCGAUACGUCAACAACCUCGGCUUCGAUCAUCUUGCCACUGGACACUACGCACAACUGCAUAACACACCAGAUGGCACCCGACUAUUACAAUCAGUUGAUAUCAAUAAGGACCAAACAUAUUUCUUGUCCUGCGUGCCGGGCACAGCACUCACCAACGUUCUAUUCCCUCUCGGUCGACUACCAAAGACGAAGGUUAAGACCAUAGCAGAGAAGAUUGGUCUACAAUGGGUUGCCAAACAAAUGGAGAGUAUGGGCAUCUGUUUUAUUGGUCGACGAUCCAUCAAUGACUUCUUGCAAUUAUAUUUAGAGAAACAUCCGGGUUCUAUUGAGACGAUUGAUGGGGAAGUCGUUGGAGAGCACAACGGCUUGUUCUGUUACACAAUCGGACAGAGAGUACGGUUGCCCGGGUUACAGACUAAACUGUAUGUGGCCGAGAAAGAUGAGGCGAGGAAUGUGGUGGUAGUCGUUCCAGGGUGGGAUCAUCCGGUAUUGUAUACUUCACGAUUUUGUGCAAACAAAGUCAAUUGGAUUACCUCAAAAUCGCCAUGGCAACUGGCUCAGUAUGGGGUGUUACAUUGCAGUGUGCGUGUGCGGCAUCAACAGCCACUGGUUGACUGCACAGUGCAGAUUGAUGGCUCUGUGAUUAGGGAUGAGGAUUGUGAUGAGGCUGUGGUAGUGAAAACGGGAGAAUCGAUUCGUGCUGUGACACCCGGGCAGGUGGCUGCAUUCUAUCUGCAGGAUGAAUGCUUGGGAGGCGCCAAGAUUACAACCAGAUUGAUAUCAAUAAAUUCAUAAUACUAUUGAUAUCAAUAACUAUUA